CCAGAUUAGUUUGGUUUAGUUUUUAGUUAAAGUCACCCCUGUUUUCCAUUGUAGAAUCCUUCACAGUGGUCGUUCACUCUUUAACACCCGAGCCAAACGCCUCUUCAGAUAAACAUUGGGAUCCAUUAAGGUCUGAUCUUCAUGAUGAAAAUAUAUUCCAGGUGAUCACAGGAUCCUCCAUCCUCCUGUAUGUGUAUUGCUGACAGAUUUCAGAUUUAUUCCUGUAAAGCUUUUGACUUGUCAGAAAUUCUCUAACAGUUCCCUCCUGUGAAACAUGAAGACCUCCUGUAAGUCAGAUGAGUUUCAGGAAAUCGGCCUGAAAAGAGGGAACAACUUCAACACCUUUCUGGUUUGUUUGAACGAGGGAUGAGAGAGGAAGUAAAGGCAGUGUGAGUCACACUGAAGCAGAAGUGGUAGCCUCGUUCAUGGAAUUGCCCUGGAUGGUUUCACUUCUGCUGCAGAGGCGUGUUUCCGUGGCAGAACGAGCCGCCGGAUCAUUUCAGCUCCAGCCUCUCAGAAGACUGCAUGAACAAUGAGCAGCUUCCACAGGGGUCUGAUCAUGUGAGCUGUCCCUGCAGUGAACCAUGGCGCUGAUCGACUCUGAAGCCCGACUGGUGGAGGAUUCGGCUCUGCAGGACUGGAGAGUGGUCGACAGAGGAGGGUUUGGUCAGAUCUUCAGAGCCAGGCAUCGACAGUGGUGCUGCGACGUGGCCGUCAAGCUCCUCCACAAUGAAGGGAGCAGCUCGGCUCUGCUGAGGGAGGUCAGCAUAAUGCGACGGGGCAGCAGCCCCUACGUCAUCCACGUCCACGGUCUGUUCAGAGGGCGACCCCCCCUUUCCGGGGCUUUACUGCAGCUCGGGCUGGUCAUGGAGUUCAUGGAGAGGGGGUCUCUGGCCGACCUGCAGUACAUUUUAAAAGGAGCCCCUCCUUGGGCGCUGGCCUUCAGACUGAUUCACCACAUCACCCUGGGCAUAAACUUCCUGCACAACCUCUCUCCCCCCAUACUCCAUCUGGACCUGAAGCCCAACAACGUGCUGCUGGACUCCUCCCUGAACGCUAAGCUCACAGAUUUUGGCUUGGCCAGGUUUUACCACAGCAUCACUCAGUCCUCCAAGAAGAGGGAGGAGGGGGGCACCAUCAGCUACAUGCCCCCCGAGGCCUUCAGCCUGGAGUACCAUCCGUCCAAAACGUCCGACAUCUACAGCUAUGGCGUCCUGCUGUGGUCCAUCAUCACGGGGCAGCAUCCGUAUCCCAAUCCCAUGCCCAGCCUCAUUCGAAUCCACGUCCCGAAGGGUCAGCGUCCGUCUCUGGAUGAAAUCAGGGAGCAGGCAGCAGGCCGCACUGGGCUGAUCACGCUGAUGGAGCUGAUGACCAGGUGUUGGGAGGGGAACCCACGCCGCAGGCCGUCGUCUUUACAGUGCGCGGAUGUGAGCGAGGAGUUGUACAAGAUGCACAAACACGCCGUUCCUGACGCCGUCCACGAAGUGUUGAAGAAGCUGGACCAAGACGCAGAAGGGGGAAUAACAAAGAGUCUUCAGGCCCUUUCCGUCACUCAGGUCACAGCAACCCCCCCACCUGAACCCCGGAAUGUGCAUGAAUAUAUGCGAACAGGACCCCCACCUGUUCAGGAAGUGAAUCGGAGCUCAGCUAGGGCUGGCCAAGACAACAUAACAGAUCCACCUUUCAUUCACCCUGCAAACGUGUGUUCGGUCGAUCGGGCUGGUCACCUUGGAAUGAAGAAGUCUUCGGUGUGUCCCAUCAGCUCCUCGUCUCUUCAUCAUUCAUCCAAGAAUCCGUCUGGAGGAUCAUCACCACCGAAGACAUCCAAGUUCCCUUUCACACAGCGGCCUUCUACCCAGCGGCAGUUCUCCAGCCCUGAUUCGUUUCCAUACCAACCUGCACAGGGGGUCAAAAUGCAGUUCUCCAACGUGGUGGGAGUUCAGAUCGGCAACAACAACAGCAUGUACAUAAAAUCCCCCGACCAUCUGGAGAGGAGGAGGCACCCAACAGCGCCAUCCAGUGUUGGUCUGUAGAUAAACUAGCUGUGAGGAAGACUUUGGUCCUCAGACAUCUUCGUCCCACCAGAACAUUUUUAUGGAUUCACGUUUUCACAUUUCAGAUGAUGUGAAAUGAUGAUUUCAGAAGGUUGAACAAUUUUUAUAUUUAUUUAUUCUCUUGUAUGCUCUCACACAGUUUAGAGAGUUUUCCUGAACUUUAUGGUGCAUUUGUCUGCUUCUCUUCACGUUUCUAUGUCAUUUUUUUGUGUUUUUACGAUUUGAUAACAAAAAAUAAAACUUGUUGUUUGUUAAAGUUGAAGCAGUUUUAUUAAAUUUAUAUAAAAUAAAUAAAUAAAUUUAAAAAAAGCUGUGAAAUAGUUUGGAAAUGAUACGUUCAAGGAUCAAAAAAGCCAAUGAGUGUGAAGGAGCUGUCAGGACUUUUUUCCUGCCUGAUAUUCUGUUAUGUCACUGUAAGAUAAUAAAGAUCAUGACUCAA